AUGGCUUAAUGUCGUGUAGAUGCUUGUAGAUGUUAAAGAUUAUUUCUUGAUUGUUUAUUUUUACAAAAAUAUUAACUAACUAAUAAUUAUGGAUUCGUUAGACGGUGAUGGUGCAAUGGUGAUCAUCAUAGGAAGAUGUAAAUGUUGCCUUAAUGAAGGAGAUUUAAAAAAUAUGUGGACGCCGUACAUAUAUGAAGGAGAAACCGAAAUUUACGGAAUGAUGUUGACAGAAUGUUUUGGUCUAUCAUGGCAGCAACCAGAGGACAACAUGAAGUACAUGGAUAUGAUAUGCAUCUCUUGCAUCUCUCGGUUACGUGAUGCACUUGCCUUCAAAAGAGAAGUUUUAGUGAGCGAAGAGGUGCUGCGUGAAAAUCAAGAUGAAAUAUUUCUUCAUACUACAGUGAAAGUGGAGAAAAAUUUAGAAGAGGAAGAAGAAGAAGUGAAGUUUAGUGAAGUGGAAUACUUAGAGAUCCCAGACAGUUUAAACAAAGAGGAACUAUGUGAAGAACCAUUAUCAGAUGAACAAUUGCUGAGUUUAGAUAACUCUCUGCUAGUAGAACAUACAAGAAAAAAGUCAAAAAAGCUCACAAAGGAAGAGGGGAACAAAACGUACAAGCAGUAUACUGACGAGGAACUGCAAAUGGCCAAUGAUGCAGUCCAGAACAAUGAAAUGUCACAUACAGAAGCGGCUGAGUUUUUUAAAGUGCCCAGGAAAGCUAUCUCUGCUAAGAUCCGCAAUAUUACAGACAAAGAAGACGAUCAAUCGCAGUGUCCAGAAGAAAAUCGUAAAAGAAAAUGGCCGAAGAAACUACCAAAGCAACACCGUAACAAAACAUACAAGCAGUAUACUGAAAAGGCACUGAGAAUGGCCAUUGAUGCUGUCCAGAAUGAAGAGAUGUCACGUAGCGAAGCGUCAGAGAAGUUUAAGGUGCCCAAGGAGACUCUUGCAUUAAGACUUCAAAAUGCUAUUGCCAAAAAAGAGGAGCCGGAUGAUGAUGAUGCAUCAAAAAUAAUAGACCAAGAAAAACACUACAAACUCAUAGAGGAAAUUAAAUCUAUACUCACUUACACAAAUGCAAUACCAUACAAAACAAGAUUGUCAAGGUACUACUGUGCAUACUGCUCUACAGAUGGACCGGCUUUUGAUGACGCCGAUGAUUUGAGGGUUCACACUAAAACAAAGCAUGUCGAUGAUCGGACUAAAGUCGUAGAUCAGAUAAUGAGACCACAGUGGCUAAAUGAGGUGUUAAAGAUUGAUAUACACAGUCUCCAUUGUACAGUUUGCUGUACAAUCCUGCUGACGUGGAAUGAUAUGCUCCUACAUCUUAAAGACGUGCACGAGGUUGCUCUAGAUGAGGCCUACAAUAGAGUUAUACCUUAUAUCCUCGCAAGGGAGCUGAAGUGCGCUUUAUGUGGAGCAGCCUUUGCAAGUUACAACAUGCUGGAUGGACAUAUGAACGCCCAUUAUAGCAGUUACAUUUGCUCCGAAUGCGGUGAUACUUUCUUAUCAGCGAGCAGACUUAAAAAGCAUGUGUUAGUACACAAUACUGGGAAGUUCCCUUGCGAGGUUUGCGGUAAGGUGUACAAUUUGAAGAAGUACAUGAAGAAGCAUUUUGACCUCGUACAUGGAGAGAAAGGCCAGUACAAAUGCUCGUACUGUCCGGAAAGAUUCUCCAGACCAUUCCAGAGACAUCAGCAUGUACUCGAUAAUCACAAAGAAAUGGUCAAGAUUAAGACUUGCGAGAUCUGCGGAAUGACUUUCGACUUUAUGCCCUACUUCACGGCUCACAUGAGACGAAAGCAUGGGAACGAGAAAAAUUACAAAUGCAAACAGUGCGACAAAAGUUUCCUUAUGAAGUAUCAGUUGAGGGACCAUCAAGAAAAGCAUUUGGAGGAGAGGAACGUUGUUUGUAACGUGUGCAAUGAGAGAUUUAAAACUAAAGCCGGUUUAGUGCGACACUCUCAGCUGCAUCGUAACUUUUCAACUGCAAAAAGUCAGACGGUUAAAUAAAUCAGUGUUGACAGAUUUGGUUAGUGCUUACAAUUGGGUAUUUGGCACCAUUAGUAAAUAAUUGCAUCUGUUACUGUUACAUCGUAGGCCUCCUUCAUAGAUUACCUCAUAGCGUGAUAUUUUCUAUAGUUGUCACGCUCGACUGGCAGGUUGUUAUACACGGUAAUUUUUUACUUUUGUUCUUAAGAAGAUGCUACUGCCCAUCUCCCGGUUCUCUUCCCCCUCGUUAACACUUGUACACGCGUCCUAAUUUUUUGAUGUUGUACUCACGUGGAUAUAUAGAUAAUAGUCAGACCAUUGCCGUUUAUCUCUUUUUUAGGUUAACAUAAAUAUAAAAUAAAAAGCAUUU